UUAGUACAGCGCUCAGCAGGAGUGUCGGACGCUCGGCUUCGCAGUCGCCGACUUUAGUAUUCUUCGUUUAUUUUCUUUUCUAUUCGUUUAAUUUGUCGCUCAGGCUCGCAACGUUAGAAGUGUAAAGUAUCGACGAGACGGAGUGAGUUUUGAUGUUAUUUAGAUCGGGUUUGUUUUGACAGUGUCACGUGCGGAAUUGAAUUGAUACCGGUUCCGUAGUUUACAAGUGUUUAUAACGCAUACGGCCUUCACUUGCGGCAGGUACAGCCGGCGAAUCAUCAAAAAAGUGCGUCAAGUUUGUUGGAAUUUCAAAGUAAUACUGGAAUUGUUGUGGGAACGACAAGUCUUGGUGCUUUCCUGGCGGCAAAGUGCGCGCUGGAUAAAAGUUCACGCGGAUUGCCUCCAAUCGGAUUCUACUCGGAAACUUUGGAAGUGCGUUAGUGUAGUGAAGUGCCUAAAACUUACAACAUAACCUUAUUCGAAAAAGGCGCGUGUUUUGCAGGCAUGCGCAGUGGAGUCUUUGCAAGUUAAUAACAAGUGGAUCGUAAUAUUAUAAACAAACGCGAAACGUGUUGUGUUGUGCAGCGGUUCCCAGUGCAUUCCGAAUCAAUUGUGCACGGAUAGUACUAGAAGAUUGUCACGAUAUCCGUUACCUUCGCCAUUCGGAUUUUGAAAUUUUGAAUCGAGAAGUUCAACCGUUGGAGAUUUUACCUGCGCGCGCAUCACAUUUCUUCUCAGGUUGGCGCAGCUAUGAUGUCCUGUCCUUUACCCUUGCCGCUACUGCCGGCCCUUCACCCACAGCCCGCUUUGGCUUCUGACUUCCCCAUCCACAUUGGAAUAAAGAGGGGCUCCGACGAGCUUCUUUCGCAGAGUGGCGUCACCGUCAUGGCGCCGGCCGCUCCACAUCACGCCGACAACAAUAACCAGGAUUCAGCCGCCAAGAAGGUGAAACUGGAACAGAAUGUCGGCAAGCCGUCAAGGGUUAUCCACAUACGGAACAUACCAAACGAGACCACGGAGGCCGAGAUCAUACAGCUGGGUCUGCCCUUCGGGCGGGUCACUAACGUGCUUGUUCUCAAAGGAAAAAAUCAGGCGUUCCUGGAGAUGGCGGAAGAAAUAUCGGCAGUGGCGAUGGUGGCGUACUUUGGCGGUUGCGUAGCGCAGCUACGCGGUCGCGCCGUCUACGUUCAGUUCUCCAACCACAAGGAACUGAAGACCGAUCAAACUCACAGCAAUGCGUCAGCAUCGGCGCAGGCGGCACUCCAGGCUGCGCAAGUAAUAUCAAACAGCGCAGGCGCGGCGCUAGUGGCCGGCGCGGGCGCUGCCUUACAACCUGCGAAUGGCGGAACAGAAAUCCAGGUAGAGGGCGGGCCAAACACAGUGCUGCGAGUCAUCAUUGAGCAUAUGCUGUAUCCGAUAGUCCUGGACGUGCUGUACUCAAUCUUCCAGCGAUACGGGAAGGUGCUCAAGAUCGUCACCUUCACUAAGAAUAAUUCAUUUCAAGCUCUAAUCCAGUACCCAGACACGGGGUCAGCGCAAAUGGCGAAAACGGCUCUGGACGGGCAAAACAUCUACAACGGAUGCUGCACACUGCGCAUUGACUACUCCAAGAUGACUUGUCUCAACGUGAAGUACAACAACGACAAGUCGCGCGACUACACCAACCCCACGCUGCCCUCUGGCGACGGAGACGCGCACCAACUGUUGACCAGUGAGUUGAUGCCUCUGCGGGCCCGCCUCGCCUUGGCCCUCGCAUCCAGGAUGAGUGGCGGAGUUUUGGCGCCACCGUUCUUAGGCCUGGGAUCAGGCUUGGCCUCGCCGUACGGCGUCGGAGUGGGGGGAGUGGGGCUCCCGGCCUUCGGAGCCCUCACCCUGACACCCGCGUCGCCGGCCCUCCGUGCCUUGACUGCACCACCGCUGCCUCUGGCUACUGUGCUCCUCGUCUCCAAUCUCAAUGAAGAGAUGGUCACGCCUGACGCUCUCUUUACCCUUUUCGGCGUGUACGGUGACGUGCAGCGAGUGAAGAUCCUCUACAAUAAAAAGGAUUCAGCCCUAAUUCAGAUGGCAGAGCCGCACCAGGCUCACCUAGCGAUGACUCACAUGGAUAAACUGCGCGUGUUCGGUAAAGCGAUGCGCGUGAUGCUCAGCAAGCACCAGACGGUGCAGCUGCCCAAGGAGGGGCAGCCGGACGCGGGCCUCACUCGGGACUAUUCCCAGAGUCCGCUUCAUAGAUUCAAGAAGCCCGGCAGCAAAAACUACCAGAACAUUUACCCGCCGAGCGCUACGUUACAUCUUUCCAACAUUCCAGCCACAGUCUCUGAAGAUGACAUCAAAGAAGCUUUCACCAAACGGGGAUUCACAAUCAAGGCGUUCAAAUUCUUCCCGAAGGAUCGGAAAAUGGCUCUCGUGCAACUGGCGACGAUCGACGACGCGGUGGCGGCGCUCAUCAAAAUGCACAACUACCAGCUCUCCGAGUCCAACCACCUCAGGGUGUCCUUCUCGAAAUCAAGUAUUUAAACAAAACGACCAAUCACCUCCACGGAAUAUCACACAACAGUCGUUCACUAUCUACACGCAAACGAGGUCGGACCCUUUUCGGAUGACAAACAGCGUAACCUAACUCUCAAGCCUUAUCGUUCGGCGAUGCGACUGUACAUCGCACGAGCACGAGUACCUCUCUCACUAUUCGAGAACAUCGCUCGACUGAAAAUUAUAUUAUAUCUGUAUUACGCUUACUCGGAUCAGUAUAGAUUAAGUGCUAACUCUAUUUCAUUAGAUUACGUACUAUUACUGUACAACCUAAUUAAGAUAUCUUGUCAUCGUUUCGGACGGCAGCUGAAUCUUUUUUAAGUUUGUUUGAGGGUACCCUGACAUGAAAUAGCUUCGCUGUGCGACUAGGGAGGAUUAAUUUUGUGUGGUAUUCAUUCCGUAUUUUUAUUAUUCGAUAUAUUAUUUUUAUACUUUACUAUUACUUAGCGUUAAUCGUUUCCAGUGAAUUUCAGCAAUGGUUUCUAUCUCAGAGUAAAGGUUAAGCUAGCGAUUGCGAAUAAGUAAGACUUUUGAAGACUACACAUAUCAAGUACAUAUCGAUACUACAGUCAUAUCCUUUUAUAAGAUAAUUGUUGAUUGAUUGAUUGAUAGAACCGUUUUAAUUAAUGAGUAAAAUCUUUAAAUUACCUGUAGAUCUUUUACAAUAUCUAACGUGUGUCCUGGGUCGCUGUAAUGUACCUUAUCAUUACUCUGAGAUCAAUCAGUUUGUAUGAAACAGAUUGCAAUUAGAUUGCGCUAGACUUAUUUACAAUUUGGCAACUUUGAUAUGUACGCAAUGUUAAACAUUGUCUGGUUGUUUUGCGGUUAUUAUUGUAACAGGCUUAUUAACGAUAAAUGGUAUUUUUAUAUAAUUAUAAUAUUCAACACUAGAGCACAUUGUUAAAGUAUUUUCUUAUCACUUAUAAUUUGCAGUUAUUAUUCUAAGAUUAUAUUUUAUACAUAUAUUUUAUGCUCUAGUUUAAUCUGCACAAUUUAUUAUGGCAUUUUGAAUAUAAUUAUAUUAUAGUUUUGUGCGCAUACACAUUUUAUUAUGUUUACUAACGAAUGGCUACGUUCAGAAAUGUGUAUGUGUGUGCAAUAUUAGUUGUAGAGAGGAUUUUAGUAUAAUUUAGAUAUAAACUGUCGUCUUCUAUAGCCGGCACUAUCCGGAACCUCCACUGAACUCUUCCGUGACUGUUGCGUUGUUUAGAAAAAUAUUCUGUUUAUUGUUAAAAAUAAUAGUUUCUUCUCGAUUAGUUAGCGUAAUCACGAAUACUAUCACUAAUCAUAGUUGAUAUAUCAUCUAUAAAACGUUACGUUGCGUGACAUAAUAGUGACAUGAUGCAUUUAUUUUGAUGUUAAUUUAUAUUAAUGGUAGCUACAACAUACUGUAAAUGCUCGUGCAUAUAUUCACUAAGCAAUUAAUUAUAGAUAAAAUUAUUUAUUUGUUUACGGUCAGGGUCGGUCCCUACAUAUACGACAGUGUGGACAAUGUUGCGCUAAUGUAUUUUUUAGAAUAAUUUUAAAUAAGUAUAAUGAAUACUACUAUAACGUUGCCACACUGUUAAUAAGGACGUUUUAUGGAGUAAAAUAUUUUCAGGAUUUGAUGCAAAUGCACUAUGUUGUGUGCGGGUGUCUGUAUCGCUUUAUCACCACAGUAUUUUAGUUUUAUGCUCUCUCCUGACACUGUGUACAUACGACGCCGGCUCCGGCGAGCUCGUUUUCCUUCUAAACCUAGCGCUCGAUUGGUUUUCACACAUCUUUGCCUUCCUAAAAUUAAAUUAAAAAUGCGUCUAGUCCAAUGCAAAAGAGAUUAAGUUUGUGGAUUAAGUAAAUUAACGUUAUAACUUUUAAAAAUUCUCUCAAAAACUCUGGUAACGCUUUUAGAGAUAUUAUUUAUUUAUUGUAAUAAAUUUGGUCAAUGAGUUGGUGCCCGCAGUCUUCGCCCUGACGGUUAGGACCAGAUUAAGUGUUCAGCGACACGUCCAGUCUAUGUGAUUAGGCAAAGCAUGCGUGAAACAGAUACCUGAUUUAUGACGAGUUAGUGAAAACGUUGCUAUUUGCAAUAUGAUAAUUAUCAAUUAAAUUUUUAAUAGAAGACGUAUAAUGUUAAGUGGAAAAUGUCAAAGAAUUCAUACAUAUCUUCCCUUACCCGCUGGCGGAAAUAUUAAGGCCUUGAGGUGGAAAUUUAAAAUAUAUCCAUCCUUGAGGAAUUAAAACGGUAGUAGUUUGUGAAGUAAUCCGCUGUAAAGUUAAGCUUCGAGGUCCCUUUGUCCUCGGUGUAAGGUUCAUUUUCAACAUAUCUUUAGUCACAAAAAUAAAUGAAUUUUGAUUUCAGUUUUAUACUCGUAAUCUAUCAUAAAAAUAACAUAUUUACACUAUUAUGGAAUGUAUCAUAUGUGUACAUCACGUACAGUUUAAAUAUAUAAAAAUAGAGCUUAGUAAGAUGGUUAAACUAAAAAAAAAUUAGAUUGUCAUUACGAUGUAAGGUUAAUAGAGAAAUUUGGUCAUACAGAUUGUAUUAAUUCUGAUUAAUAAAUUAAUUAACCUAUCUACGCUAAGAACGUGUAAGUAGUAGUUUGGUUUAAAUAAUGUUAGGCGACCAGGGUGUGGUGAUAUUUUGCACGUUUUUGAUGAUGUUUUUCUAUAGGGUACACGAGAUUGUGCCAGCGUUGGGGGCGGUCUGUUCGAGAUGGCGUCGGUAGUGAUCGCUGGUUUAAUAUUAUUACCAAACAUGUAUUGAAACUCACGAAAGAUUACAUAUCUACUGUACUCAGCGUAGAACACCACACACAUUGGGCUUCGGAGAUAUUGCCUUUAUUUACAAUCCAGCUAUUGAAUUCUUAAUCUUAACGAGGGACAUUAUCUGGUAAAUAUAGGUUAUGCCAGAAUCUUAUUAAAGAAAAAAAGAAAUUGUACCAAAGAUUCAAAGGUCUGCAUCGUCAGAUCUUGAAAAGAACUUUAACCGAUACUUUACACUUUCAGGUUUCAUUCUCAUGAAGUUGAGCAAGAAAGUUUAAAAAUGGCAAGUGAUUCUUUGGCUUUUCUUUUCGAUCCAUGUCCCUUGUUAUGUUUUGAGAUUCUAGAGCCAUGAGUAUUCAGCACGGUAUUCAACCAAAUAUUUUCUAAAAAGCAGAUGAAGUUUCUUCUUUUCCCAAAAAAUCAGGAGAUUUAUAGUUUCUAUUUUUUAAAAAACAUUAGAAAGUCCAGGUUGGUUUUUCUGGUAUAUGAAAAUUUCCUAAGUUUUACGUUAUCAAGCUUGGUAAACCGAAGCGAUUAUUACCGUCUUUUAGUUUUAGACAAUGGACAUGAUUUUUUAAAAUUAUUACAUCCCUGCCUCUUGUUUAACAGGAAUUAUUUUUAUCGUGCUAUCAAACCCUCAAAAGCUUUGGACAAGGCAACUCUCUGAAUGCUCGAGUUGGAGACCUUCAAAAAUGUGUGUGGCGUUUGGUGGCCUAAAAAUUUUCUCAAUAAUAUUGGUAUUGACUAAUAGAUUAUUAUAGGGGUUUAUGUGUUUAGAGAAGUAUUUUAAAUAUUUAGGAUAAUGUCGUAAUAAUAUAAUUAAAAAAUAAAUAAAUCAGUGUUUAGUAUGAGAUGCCAAAUUUAAAGUCAAUACACAUUAUUUUAGGUAAAAAGUAAUUGAAUUAAUCUUAACAUUUAUUAAAAAGUUGAUGAAAAUGUUACAGUUAAAUUAUAUUUGAGAGUUUUAUUAAGCGCAAUAUAUGCAAUUUUAUUCAUUGUAAGCGAACAUUGUUUCAAUUUGUUAGUUAAAGUUAUGCGUUGAAAAAUAUGUGAGAGCUGUUGUUUUUCAAUCUUAUUUAAUUGGUCCAUUCGUGUUGAUUCGACGCAGCGUGUUGUAACCGAUAGCUGUGUUAUACUUUGUCUUGAUGUGCUUUACUCAUGCUCAUAUCACACAAUAUAUCCCUACAAUAUUAUAGUGCUUCUUUAUUCCUUAUCCUUUACGGCAUUUUAAAUAUUAUUUUAGCAUAUUAUUUUGUACCUACCUACAUUCAAUUGUACGGAUAAAUGCCGACAUAUCAAUAUACCUAUACGAUUGGCUUAAGUAGAAAUUUUCUUAAUAACCAGAACCAUUUUAUUCAUCUUUUGUUUUAUUUAUGUUACAUAUUCCAAUGGUAGGUACUUUGUAUUUUAUUUUCAGUGUAAUUUAAUGUGUCGUAAUUUCUUUGUAUUUUCUUUUUUUAGUAUUAAGCCUUUUGUGUGUUUAAUUUCAUUCUUAUUUUUAGUUUUAUAAUUAAACUAUUAUCAUCA